CAGAAAGUUACGACACAACAACAGCUUUUGUCCUCAUAAAAGUGCACAAAGGGAGGCAUGAACGCCAUCUAACCUCACUCCGGAGACUUUUUCAGGUGUAAAGAGAAAACCUUACAUCCUUCGUAUCAGUCGAGCAGAUCCGUGUUUUUGCUCCGGUCGAGAGGAGCAUGCAGUCGCAGAAGAAGCACCUGCUGGAGGGUCUGAUGAUCCAGGCGGCGCUCCUGCUCAGCCUGUGCGGGGUGAGGGUGGACGUGGGGCUGGACCCGGGGCCCCUGCCUUGGUCCGAGAGCCUGAUCCUGGGGCCCACGUCCGCCCUGACGCCCACGCACCUGCACAACCUGAGGAACGCGCUGGAGGGAGGCGCCGAGCUGCACCCCAAACACCCGGACCUGGACGCCUUCUUCACCUCCAGGCGUCUGCUGGGCUUCGUGCGCUCGCUGGACCGGCUGCAGGUUCCUCAGGCGGAGCUGGAGACGUGGCUGGUUCAACAGGACCCCGCUCCUCUACCCGUGAGACUGCACCACACUGCCCCCAACAGGCUCAUCCUGCCAGAGCAGACCCGAGACCAGGACUGGCCGAGACCGGAGACGAGCCCCGAGACCAGGACUGGGCCGAGACCCGGAGACGAGCCCCGAGACCAGGACUGGGCCGAGACCGGAGACGAGCCCCGAGACCAGGACUGGGCCGAGUCCGGAGACGAGCCCCGAGAGCAGCAGUGGGACGAGCCCGAGGACUUCCACACACAGGUACAACUCUCUUCAGAACAGAGCCGUAAAACGUGUUUGGUCUUCACUUUCCUCUGA